AUGAAUGACGGAUCCAGGAGAGCCUUAACGGGCUCAAUACACAAAAUAAGAGAAUUUGAGUUAGAAAAAGUGUGUUUGGUUGAAGAGUUUGAUAUAUUACAAAUAGUCGGUGAAGGAUGGUUCGGGAAAAUACUAUUAGUAGAACACAGAGCAUCGGACACAGAAAUUGUUUUAAAGGCAUUACCAAAGCCGUAUGUUUCGAUACGUGAUUUUUAUAGAGAAUUCCAUUAUAGUCUACACUUAAGUGCACAUAGAAAUAUAGUUACAUCAUUCGAUGUAGCAUUUGAGACUGCUGGAUUUUACGUAUUCUGUCAAGAAUACGCACCACUAGGUGAUCUAACAUCGAAUAUGCUGGAUACAGGCAUUGGCGAAAUUCAUACCAAAAGAGUUACAAAGCAAUUGGCAUCCGCCUUGGACCAUCUGCACCAACGAGACCUAGUCCAUAGGGAUGUUAAAUUAGAUAACAUUCUCAUUUUUAAAUCGGACUUCUCCCGUAUAAAAUUAUGCGAUUUUGGGGAGACAAGGAAGGUCCAAUCCGUUGUCAGGAGGAGAAACGAAUGGUUGCCGUAUUCGCCACCGGAAGUUUUGAAUUUGUCUAUGGAUAGUUCUUACAAGGCCUUAAUCAGCCAUGAUAUUUGGCAAUUUGGAAUAGUGAUUUUUAUAUGUCUGACGGGAUGUUUGCCAUGGCAAAAAGCAGCAUUUGAUGACCCCAGAUAUUUAAGCUACUUCAAUUGGUACAAUAGCGCGAACCCGCUAAGAAGACAACCGAAAUUAUGGAAAAUGGUUUCAUCGCGGGCCCAGAAAAUGUUUAAGAAAUUUAUUGAGCCCAGAGUUGACAGACGAGCUGUGAAUUUCACUGAAUUAACUAGAUAUUAUGACUACCGGUGGAUGGCUAAGGGUUACACGGAUAGAGUCGCGGGAGGAGAUAUUGAUGAACUCUGUCCCUCAAUGUACAGUUUUCGAAGUGACCCAAAUGAAAAGAACAUUUUAUUAAAACACUUCAGAGACAAUGGUAUCGAAGUCACAAUUGACAGACAUGCAAAAAAGGAAAGAAUUCGUGAAUGGAUCCAGAACAGCGUUAUAGAAGAAGUAGAUGAGGAGGAGGAGACCUGUGAUCCCAGCGUAUAUGAUGAUAGUGACAUAGAAUUACAAGAACACACGCGACCUUAUCCAAUUGAUGAAAGCCACCGAGUCACAUUACGCUACGACACGGAAAAACAUAUCAAUCCCAGAACUGGUGAAGUCAUUGAAGGUGUUAAAAGAGUCCCCGAUAAGAAUCCUCUCUCUUAUGAUGUUCAAAAUAUAGAACCAGUAGCACCCGCAAAUGUUGCAAGACGCUACGGUGUCAAGGAGGAUAACUCACCACACAGCUCAACCAAAGACAGCGCUUACGGAUCUUUGGAUGCUGCUAAUCACAGAGUAAAAGAAAAUAGACAAGCACCAUCUAUCGAUAGGAUAUCUACAAACUCCCCAAGCCGUUCACUAAGUGCGGUAUCUCUCCAGCAAAAUAAAAUACCCCUUUCUACUCACGCGCAAAGAUUUCAGAAAAGUGAGGAGAUUUACUCCAAAGAAUUAGAUAACAUGAAAGGCAGCUCUUCUACGCUUCAUUCUUUAGAAAAUUCUUCUAGAUCCAAUAGCAUAAAAGUGACUAGGAACAGUUCUUUAGACAGUGCGACUUAUUCUAAAGAGAUUCAAAAUGACAAUGAAUCGGCAGGAGCUAAUUUAAUACCUAAUGAUUCAAUUAUUACUCACAAUGGCUUUAGGCCUGGGGAAAAUAAUGGACAACCCUACGUGUCUAUGAAAAAAUCUGUUUACGACAUUGUUAGUAGCCGCAGCGAUGUGGGAAAUAAUAAUUAUAAAAUAGAUAGCCAAAUAAUUAAUAGCACAGACAGUCCUUAUACAUCUAUGCUAAAUAUUGUUCAAGGGCAGAUUAAAAUAACACCUCAUGAAAAAGAGAGUAACAAAAACAUCGUUAAUUUUUCGGUUACCAAAGUUAAUAGAAAAAAGCUGUGA